UCCCGGGUUGAUUGUUGUCACCAGCAGCAGCAGCAGCAGCAGCUUCGCCAUCCUCCCACAACACAACACUGUGUGUCUGUGCUACAACACAAUGGGGCUGUAAUGUCAGCGACGGGCGAGAUUAGAGCAUCUUCUCAGCAACACUAAAUCUGUUUAUGGAUUUAAUGAUGAUGAAAAAGAAGAAAUUCAAGUUUAAGGUGGACUUCGAGCUGGACGAGCUCUCCUCGGUCCCCUUUGUCAACGGUGUCCUCUUUUGUAAAGUCAGACUGCUGGACGGGGGGUUCUCGGAGGAGUCUUCUCGGGAGCCAGUGCAGGCCAACUGUGUUCGAUGGAGGAAACGGUUCUCUUUCCCCUGCAAGAUGAGUGCCAACGCAGGGACAGGUGUACUGGAUCCGUGUGUGUGUCGUGUCUCUGUCAGAAAGGAGCUGAAAGGCGGGAAGGCGUAUGCAAAGCUCGGUUUUGCAGAUCUGAAUUUAGCAGAGUUUGCCGGCUCAGGGAAUACAACCCGCAGAUGUCUGCUGGAAGGCUACGAUACCAAAAAUACCCGCCAGGAUAACUCCAUCCUCAAGGUUAUCAUCAGUACACAGCUCAUGUCAGGGGAUCCCUGUUUUAAAACGCCUCCCUCCACAGCCACCGUGAUCGGAAUCCAGGGUGAUGGAGAGAGCCUGCUGGAGGAGAGGAGGGGAGGGGACUCACAGAAAGGCUCUUCUGCAGAGAGUCGAGAAGGGAAGUGUCCUGUUGUUUCGGAUGAUCUUGUGGGAUGCGGCCACUCCCGAACGUCCAGCUACGCCAGCCAACAGUCCAAACUCUCAGGCUACAGCACAGGUCACUCCCGCUCCUCCAGCAUGUCGGAGUUCAGUCACCGGAGAAACCACUCAGUGGGCAGCGCCUCAACGGGUAUCGGCAGCAUCCCGGAGCCCAGCGAGGACCGGGACAGGGAGUCCAGACCGUGUCCUGCACUACCUGAACACCCAGUCCCCACUAGCACUAGCAACACACCGGGCACACCAGUCCGGAGCGCCUCGUCCUGUGAACGACUCAACAGACACCCAGUGAAACAGGACUCCAUGGAGUCUCAGCUGAAGAGGAUGGACGAUACGCGGGUGGAUGCUGACGACGUCGUGGAAAAGAUUCUCCAGAGUCAAGACUUCACACCCAGCUUACUGGACUCCAGUGCUGAAGAGGAAGGCUUGCGUCUGUUUGUCGGCCCAGGGGGAAGCACAGCCCUUGGAAGCCAUCACCUUCCCACUAGGGUUGGUGCUGGAGCGUACGAGCAGGUGGUGAUAAAGCGUUAGGCCCGCAGCCUCUCAUAGGCCUCGCUUACGUUAAAAAAAGACAAGGAAAAAAAAGGAUGCAAGGUUGUGUCCAUUUUAAUCUGCAUUCCUACAGCACACACACGUUACCUGAUCAGCAGUGUCUGACCUGAUCAUUCUGUGAACAUUUGACGUUACAACAGUGCCCUCCUGUGUUCAUAUCUCCUACAUGACACUGUAGCUCCCAGAUAGAUUUCUGAGAGCGAGAGGUUAACAUAUCAUCAGUGUUAACAUACAGAUGUGAAUGAACCAAAACCAAUCAUUGACCGGUUGAAACGUCAACGUGUAUGCAACUGGCCAUUGGUAAUUUUCUAGGAGCCCAAACCCACUCAACCUAAAGUGUUAGGAACUGGGAGAAAAUGACUCAACAUAUUUUCUGUAAUGAAGGACACCAGGACAGGUUCUGUGUGCGCAUCAUCGGAACCAACUGAAAUCUACAGGAGGAGUAUGCGACGCAUUUUCGAUACAUUCCCUUUGUCUCUGUUUGUUUUGAACUUCCUUUUCAAAUAGGACGUUCUGUUUAAUAUUCGCCUAUAAGCUGCUAAAAAGCUCUUGUUGGCACUCAACCGUUGGUGUUGUGAAGGUGAGAAUAUUUUAGUACAUAGAGGGGGCAUCAGACUUGAGCUAUUUGACGCGUGAACGCGUUUGUCUGCCGCGUAGUAAGACCACUUUGAUUCAUAGUAACAGCUCUCCUGUUACCUUGGAUGAGUGGAAGGGUGUGACACGAGGAAUGCUAUAUUGAUACUUGCAAAGACAGAAUGGGAGAACAUGGCAUGUUUGUUUAGUUGAUAUCACAGAGGUCCUUCUUCUUAUUUGUCUGGCACACUGCUAAGAAUCUGCUCUACGAAGGCAAAACGCAGUAACAUAUCUGUUCAGGACUGAGUAAAUACUGAACUCUGCGACUUUCUGACAUUUGCUUCACCUUAUAAUGAAAAAUAAUGCUGCAGUUACCAGAACAUUGAGCUUAAACCUAAUCCAAACCACAGUAACCAAGCUACAGACCAUGUUGCAGCAACCACACUUUGUUUUGACCUCAAGAAGCCGCUAGAGCUAAAGGUAAAACCUACUCACUGAUAAUACUUUUUUAAAUGAUUUGAUUACCUGAGUCAUUGGUAAUUCAGUUUCUUAUUUCACAUAACUAAAUAAGGCAGUAGUUAGAUCCAAUCCCGUCAAUAACCCAGCUAAGCCCUGCUUAAGAGGGACUGUCUUUGCACACCUUUAACUGACUCUAGGAAAAUCUGUGUGCUUUUUACCUUCAAAUCACAUAUUUCAAUGUAUUAAAAUGUAAAUGAUUAUAUUGAUUUUAAUAUAAAUGUAUUCAUAAUAGAUGUAUAGACAUCUAGUAAACAGAUACAACAUAUACAUUCCUAUAAUCUGUAGACUAUAAUCAAAAAUUAUUUUAUUAAACUUGUUUUAAAAAGGACAAAAAAAGCUAAGAGGACAUUUCCCCUCAAAUUCCCUAAAGAUCCAAACAGAGAGUGCAGUUUCAGCCUGCAAUAUAAAAAUGACAGGUUGCUGUCUGCUCUGCAGUUUGUCAGCUCUUUUUUUUGUCUCCACUUCACUGAGCUGCAAGUUUCUGCCCUCUGCCUUUGUACAGCAGUUAAACACCAAAAAUAAUAGGGGCUUCUAUGAUGAAUAUCACUAUAGAAGGACAUACUGUACCUAAUGUUCAGCCUUUCAGCUACGUAUAUAUUGUAUACCUACGCUUUGCAACUCAGCUAUAUCCGAGCUGUCCUGUUGACCAGGGAGCCUACAUAAGUGAACAAAUGGAAUAUCCUGUGACAUUCGAACAAUUUCAUUCAUGUGUAACUGACGCAUACUGUAGUUUGUUUCACUUGAGGAUUGUACAGUGAAGGACUAGUUAAGUAAUCCACUGCC